AUGGAAAGACAUAUCUCAAUAAUACGUUUCUUCCUUUGUUACACAGUAUUUGUUACUGCUUUUGGACAUUCUAUGUACUCCAGAUAUGCACCAGGAAAGAAAGGAAAAACUGAAUUUCCUUGUACUUUGCCAUGCCCAUGGAGAGGGAAAACCUUCGACACUUAUAACCUUAAUGGGGUCGAUACUUUUCCUAAUUGGACCAUUGACGCUUCUGGAAAAUCAGGAGCUAUCCCAAUAGGACUUGUAUUCGAGUGUUAUCAAAUUAAUGAUAGAUUUAUUAUUUUCAGAAUUCGUGGUACCGACACAUUCUUUUGUUCAACAUUCUUCUAUGACGGAAGUACGGACCCGGUGAAAUUUGCUCUAAAUGAUGUCGAUUCAGCUGAUGGUCUUAUCACCUUUGAAAACAAAACGGACGAAUUCAACGAUAUAUGUGAAGUUUGCAAAUUUCCAUCAUUUGCAAAGCUACUAUUUGUAGGACCAAAUGAUCCCGACGUCGAAUGCAAUCUACCAUCUUACUGUGAACCUUCUGAGUCAUGUACUUCAUGUGCUGUAUGUAAAAAUAAUGGCAAUGUUCCUAAAGCGUGUAAGAAGAACAAAUGUAGAGAUUCCUUCAAAAGAAAAGGAUCUUAUAAGAAAACAUUCUGGAAGCGAAGAUACAGAAAAAGUUUGAAAAUGAAAGGGAGAAGAAGAGCGAAGAGUUGGUUAUAUGGCAGAAGAUACACAUGA